GAUGAUUCAUAGUUCACCCCAAAAACCCCUCAUCCUAAAUUAUUAACAAUCAUGACGUCUCUUGAUGACUUCUCCUUCAACGGCGAUCUUCUGAUGAAGUUGGCCAUGUUUGUUCUGGUUCAGGCUCUGGUUUAUUUGAUUUUAUCGAAAUCGUCGAAUGUUUUUUCUCCUGAGAGCAAGAUGAGGUCUCGUAGCUUCAAGCCUGCAAGAUCAGUGAGUAUCAGGCGCAUGUUAGCUUUGAUCUCUGAUUUGCCUCCAGGCGGUGAGACUUCUCCUUCGUCGGAUUCUUCGGUUCGGGGCAAUUCAGCUUCUGCAUUCGAGUGAGGAUUGUUUAAUAUGGUUUCGGGUUUUAAAUGAUUUGUAAGUGAUUUGUUGUGUGGCAUGUAUCAUAGACAUUCAUUUGAUUUUUCUUCUUCUUCUUCUUCUUUCAAUGGUUGGUUCAUUGGUUGGUUGUGUAAGUAUUGAUCAUUGUACGGUUUGUUAUUUGUUAAUUUUGUAAUAAUUUCUUUGUAUGUAAGUUUGAGUUCUGAGUA